ACUAUUGUAACGUAUGAGUACGCGAGUGAUCUGAGUGUUUCUUUUGUCUGUGUAUGAGUGUAGAUGCGCCCCACUCAGCAUAUACUUAUUAGGAGUCGCUCGAUCCCCACCUAAUAGAAUCUAAAUAAUACCGGUCUAGCAAAUGGUCGUCCCUUUCACCAACUAACCAGCAAACGAAUAACAAGUAUCUCCGAAAAAUAUAAUACGUAAUACGCUCUGGGCGAUAGGGCCAUAAAAUAUAUCAUCAUCUAUAUUGUACAAAAUUCAGCUAGACAAUUGAGGAAUAACUGUGAUCGGACACGGCGACAAUUCAGCUAGAUAAUACACCGGAGGACCAAAGCAAUAAACUACCAUUCAUCUACAUCGAUAUCAGCGACUAAAUAACUAAUAGAUGCAUAUGAGAGAGAUGGCAUCAUUCUUACCGUCUGUCAGUGAAUUUCAAAAGGCAUACUGAAGACUCAUUUGUUUUGUGUAAGGCACGGACUCGCCAAGUAGUACUCGAUAUGGAAUCACCUAACACUGUCUUCACGUCAAUAAUAACUGCAACCACGAUAAAAUGGCAGCACUUGAGAUAGUGUGUGGUGUCGCUGUCACAUUUCUGUUGAUCUAUUAUUACUUGACAAAAAAUUAUGGUUUUUGGAAGCAACGUGGCGUCGUAGGUCCUGUACCGUCGGUUCCCUUUGGAAACAUCAAAGACACAAUAUUAGGAAAGUUUGCAUUUGGGAUUCUAUUGAAACAGUUCUAUGAUAAAUACAAAGGAGAACAAAUGGUUGGUAUCUUUGUCAGAAGCACACCGGCACUGGUCCUACGUGAUCCUGAGCUAAUAAAAGACGUGCUCAUCAAAGACUUUACGGUAUUUGCCAAUAGAGGAUUAAAGCACAAUGCCAAAGUUGAUCCACUCUCCGCAAAUCUUGUAUUUCUCGAUGAGAAGGAAUGGCGGCCACUACGUAAGAAACUCACUCCCGUCUUCAAUUCCGGAAAACUGAAGCAGAUGUUCUACUUGCUAUUGGAAUGCGGAGACAUGUUCGACAAGUAUUUGGAUCAUCUUUCUGAAAAGAAUGAACCGAUAGACUGUCGUGAUAUUACAGCAAAGUUCGCUACGGAGGUCAUUAGUGCGGUUGCAUUUGGUUUGAAGACAAAUUCGAUUGCUGAUGGGAAUAAUGAAUUUCGCAAAAUGGGAAUCAAAGUAUUUGAGCCGAGCUUGAAGAAAACAACGAACGAUCUUAUGCGCGAAGCAAUGCCCUGGCUCUACAGCAUCUUGGGAAAAUAUCUUGUUAAUGGGGAAUGUAUCGAUUUCUUCACCAAGUGCAUUAAGGACACUAUGGAAUAUAGAAAACAGAACAAAAUCGUCAGGCAUGACUUUGUCGAUCUUCUCGUAGAUAUCAAAGAACAUGCCGACGACAUCACUGACAUUGAAAUCACGGACGCACUUCUUACCGCCCAGGCUUUUGUUUUCUUUACUGGUGGAUUUGAAGCCUCUUCAAUAACCAUGGGCAAUGCUUUGUACGAAAUGGCACUUCAUCAAGAGAUGCAGGAUAAGCUUCGCCAAGAGAUAAAAGAAGAGAUCAAAAAGAACAACGGCGAAUUGACCUAUGAAGGCGUAAUGAAUAUGCAAUACCUCGAUAUGGUAUUUAAAGAAACUAUGAGGAAAUAUCCACCUGGAGCAUUAGUAGCGAGAGAGUCGUCUCAACCGUACACAUUUCGCGAAACCAAGAUUACAAUUCCCAAGAAAUUUAAAAUUUUUAUUCCGAUUCUUGGAUUACAUCGUGAUCCAGAAAUAUAUCCUUCUCCGGAAACUUUCGAUCCGGAAAGAUUCACCAAAAAAGCCAUUGCUGCCCGACAUCCAAUGUCCUAUCUACCAUUUGGGGAUGGUCCUAGAAAAUGCAUUGGCGCCAGAUUUGCCUUGUAUCAAUCAAAAAUAGGCUUGAUUAAGUUUUUGUUGAGGCACAAAGUAAAUAAAUGUGAUAAAACAAAAGUUCCCUACGAGUUUCAUCCAAGAACUACCGUUCUGUCACCAAAGGAUGGUAUUUACGUGAAAAUAUCGACAGUAAGCGUAUAGCGAUAUAGUAAAGUUCUAUUACAAGGAACAGAAUUUUAUUAAAUGCGAUACCAUCAUAAAUGACAAUGUCUAAGACGUAUUCUAGAGGCGAGAAUAAAGGUUGUUUCCUUAUUACAUAUA